CCAGGAUGCGUUGUAAGCAUCCAGCUUCCCUUCGAGCGCCUUCAGUCUCGGGAGGCUUCAUUCACACCGUCCUGUGCCUGCAAUUUCCCAUCGCGCGCAGCUCUAAUGAAAACAAACGUGCUUGUCUGCAGAGAGUCGGGAGUGUUCCCACCUGCAGUGCCUACUCACUUGUGUCAGAGCUUUCAGGGGAUUCAGUAACAAAAGUAAAAUUCAUCUUGAUGUGAUGGAUGCCAGUAGCCACUUUUUAAAGAAUUGGAGUUUAAAAAUGUUGAAAACACUUGCUUGGAGAAUCAAAAUGUUCAAUGCAUUCACUGUAUGUUACGUUACUACACAUCAUUAAACCUACAAGGGCAUCAACAUAGCCGUCGAAACAGUACAGAAGUUAGAAUUAAGUCACUUCUCUACUUCAAGAUGUUAAAGUGGAUCGCCAGAUUUCCUGCAGCAAGUCUCUUUCAGUGCCGUGGAGUGGUUGAUUCAGUGAGAGACCUAGAGCCUUAGUAAAUAAUACCUAAUUAUUACAGGUGCCACAGGAAACAGUGUUGCCAUAAACACAGUGUACAACUUGUCAAUAGAUUUUAAUUCCAAAAGUCCAUUUAUAGGAUAUUGAAUAAUAUAAUACAUUUAAGAAAAAAUGGAUGAAGAACCUGAAAGAACUAAGCGAUGGGAAGGAGGCUAUGAAAGAACAUGGGAGAUUCUUAAAGAAGAUGAGUCAGGAUCACUGAAAGCUACAAUAGAAGACAUUCUCUUCAAAGCAAAGAGAAAAAGAGUAUUUGAGCACCAUGGACAAGUUCGACUUGGAAUGAUGCGCCAUCUUUAUGUGGUAGUAGAUGGGUCAAGAACAAUGGAAGACCAAGAUUUAAAGCCGAAUAGACUGACAUGUACUUUAAAGUUGUUGGAAUACUUCGUAGAGGAAUAUUUUGAUCAAAAUCCUAUUAGUCAGAUUGGAAUUAUUGUGACAAAGAGUAAAAGAGCGGAAAAACUGACAGAACUCUCAGGAAACCCUAGAAAACAUAUAACAUCUUUGAAGAAAGCUGUAGAUAUGACCUGCCAUGGAGAGCCAUCUCUUUAUAACUCCUUAAACAUGGCUAUGCAAACUCUAAAACACAUGCCUGGGCAUACAAGUAGAGAAGUCCUAAUCAUCUUUAGCAGCCUCACAACUUGUGAUCCAUCUAAUAUCUAUGACCUAAUCAAGACCCUAAAGACAGCUAAAAUUAGAGUGUCUGUUAUUGGAUUGUCUGCAGAAGUUCGGGUUUGCACUGUACUUGCUCGUGAAACUGGUGGCACAUACCAUGUUAUUUUAGAUGAAAGCCAUUACAAAGAAUUGCUAACACAUCAUGUUAGUCCUCCUCCUGCUAGCUCAAGUUCUGAGUGCUCACUGAUUCGUAUGGGAUUUCCUCAGCAUACCGUUGCUUCUCUGUCUGAUCAAGAUGCAAAGCCCUCUUUCAGCAUGGCGCAUUUGGAUAGCAAUACUGAGCCAGGACUUACAUUAGGAGGCUAUUUCUGCCCACAGUGUCGGGCAAAGUAUUGUGAGCUUCCUGUUGAAUGUAAAAUCUGUGGUCUUACUUUGGUGUCUGCUCCCCAUUUGGCACGGUCUUACCAUCAUUUAUUUCCUUUGGAUGCUUUUCAAGAAGUUCCCCUAGAAGAACAUAAUGGCGAAAGAUUUUGUUAUGGAUGUCAGGGGGAAUUGAAAGACCAACAUGUCUAUCAUUGCACUGUGUGCCAAAAUGUUUUCUGUGUGGACUGCGAUGUUUUUGUCCAUGACUCUCUCCACUGUUGUCCUGGCUGUAUUCAUAAUAUUCCAACUCCUUCAGGUAUUUGAUUCCAGCAUAUAGUACACAUUAUAUGUGUUAAAAAGAAACUUGCAACUGUAAAUAAAAUGAUUCUUUAGAAGAAGCUCCAAUUAAACAUGAAAAGCAGUUCAAAAGGAAAAUCUGACUUAAGAAACCUUUUUGCUAAGAAAAUGUAAUAUUUUAUUAUAUUUUAAAAUUUGUGUCCUGCCCCAG